AUGUCACCCGGCUUCGUUUACCAAACCGAUCAAGUGGCUUUGGACAGUCCCAUAACUUUUUCAAAGGUACAAAAUGGCCUUCAUUUGCCAUUAACAGGAAUUGCACCACCGCGUGUAUUAAUGUGUAGUGCCUCUAUGGGUGCUGAAGGAUCAGUAACAUUACAAUUACGUGAAGCUGUUCAAGCACCUGAUACACCAAAUUCAUUGGAUCAUACUGCUUUAACAAUAUCUGGUUACCCGGAUCCAGAAAUUUUAGCUGAUGUUUUAGGGUCACUACAAGCUGCAGCAUUAAAUAACAAUAACAGUAGUAACACUACUGUUAUUGGUAACACAAAUAACGCUAUUACAGCAUCAUGUACAACAGCCACUACAACAACUAAUCUUAACGGUUUAAAUAGUAAUAACAAUCAUAAUAAUAGCAUUGGAAAUAGUAGUGGUAAUAAUAAUUGUAAUAAUGGUAAUGCUAUUAUAUUAAAUGGUAUAAAAACAGGAACAACAACAUCUGUACAACAUCAACAUCAUACAAUAACUACAUCAAAUUCAAACGGAAUUCCUAAUAAUUAUAAUAGUAAUAAUAGUAAUAAUACAAAUAGUAAUAAUAAUGGUGCCAAUAGUAAUUUAAUUAAUAAUAGUAAUAAUAUAAACAGCAACCAAAAUUGUAAUAGUAAUAAUAAUAAUAAUAAUAUCAAUGUCAGCAAUCAUAUUGUAAAUUGUAAUAGCAGUAAUAGUAAUAGUAGCACAUCAAGUAAUAAUAGUAAUAGUAGUAGUAAUAUCAGUAGUAUAAUAAAUAGUGAAAAUUCAAAUACAUCAAUUCCUGGUACAGUUGUAGCAACAGUUCAACAAUCACAACAAACAACAGCAACAAUGAUAAAUACAGCAUCAGGAACUAAUAAUAAUAAUAAUAGUAGUGGUAAUGCCACAACAUUAACAUCAAAUCAAAAUUCACAAACAACUACAACUGGUACAACUACAACAACAAUUGUUGUUCGUAAACAAAGACCAAAAACAUCGUCACCAACACGGCAUGGUCCACAACAAUGUCAAGUUUGUAGUAAAAUAUUUGGAAAUGCAUCAGCUCUGGCAAAACAUAAAUUGACACAUAGUGAUGAAAGAAAAUAUGUUUGUGCAAUGUGUUCAAAAGCUUUCAAAAGACAGGAUCAUUUAAACGGUCAUAUGCUAACUCAUAGAAAUAAAAAACCGUAUGAAUGUAAAGCAGAAGGUUGUGGCAAAUCCUAUUGUGAUGCAAGAUCAUUAAGAAGACAUACAGAGAAUCAUCAUAGUGCUUUAGCAAUGACACCCACGACACCAAAUCAAUCAUUGUCACCAUCGACUGGACCACCAACUGGUCUUAGUUUAUCUCCAGCAACCGCAAGUGGUGAUGCUAGUUCUCCGCAUGGUGCUAACUGUGUACAAUAUAUUACAAAUAAUAAUAGCGAUGGUGGCAGUGGUGGUAAUAGUAAUAAUAAUGGUGCAAACAAUUCAAAACCAUCAUCACCAAGUUCACCUGCAUCUGCAGGUAAUGGUAAUGAUGGUCUUACUAGACAACAAUUGGAUCUCAUUAGUCAAAUUAUGCAACAAACAAAACAGGCUAGUGCACAAGUAACAGUUUCAACAAGUCAUAAUGGUAUAAAAAAUCAACAUCAACAACAACAACAGCAACAACAGCAUCAACAACAACAUCAACAGCAACAACAACAACAGCAACAAAAUCAUCAACAACAGCAGCAACAAUCACAACAACAACAAACAUCACAAAGACCAAGAACAUGGAAUAUGCAGACACAAUUACAACAACAGUCAAAAUUAUCGUCAACACAAACAAAUGAUAACCAUAUAAAUGGUAUAACAACAGCAACAAUUACAAAUGGUGGAAUUACAAUUAAUACAACUAGUGGAACAACAACUGCAUCACAAGGAAAUCAAACAACUCAACACAAUCAAUCAACAUCAACAACUCCAGUUGGACAUACAUUAAAUAUUGUUAAAAUAGAACAAAAACCUGUUGAAUGUAAUUUAUGCCAUCGAAAAUUUAAAAAUAUUCCAGCAUUGAAUGGUCAUAUGAGAUUGCAUGGAGGUUACUUCAAAAAAGAAACUGAAACGAAAAAAUGUGAAAAAAAAGAGACAAGUGGACCACCUUUGCAAACAGCUAGUAUAGGCGUAAGAGCUCUGAUUGAAGAAAAAAUUAUUAGUAAAAGAUGUAAAGAUUUAAAGGGUGCCUUUGUAGUACCUGCCCCACCUUUAGCAACUACCAUUAGACGUGCAAAUGAAAUUGAAAAUUCAUUUUUAACCCCAAAAAAUCCUUCGUUAACUAUUAGUCCUAGUAACAAUAAUACAACAGCUACAAUAUCACUAAACACUCCAACAUCAUUAACGCCAACAUCAGCGAAUCAAGUUACAACAACAACUGCUGCAGCAAAUCAAAAUGUUCAAAUACAUGCAACAACAUUACAAUUACAAAAGCAAACCUUACAAAAAAUUACAAGCAUAAGUACAAUAAGUCAAGGAACAUCAACAGAAUCAAAAGAUGCGACACUAAUCGAGUUAUUGAAGCGUGGAACAAAAGUAGCAGUCAAACGUACCUGUUCUGAUCCUGGCCAAAUAUUUAAUACUACAAAUGGAACCCAAACGAUUUUAUUGCCAGCAUCUUCUUUAACAACAACUUCAAAUCACAACAAUCAAAUAAAUUCAAAUUUAUCUGCGAAUGUUACAACAAAUACAACCGAUUUGGCAUUAUCAACGUCAAAUACUCAAAACGCAACUUCAAGAUCACCAUUGUCUAUUUCUUUACCAAAUGGUGAAACAGCACCAUUAGCACUAACGAUUUCACAAGCUCCAAAUGGCUCUGGUGACGUUUUUACAUUGACAUAUUCAACAGAUUCAUCAUCAACAUUUUUUAGCGACAGUGAUGUUUAUAGUGUGUCUGAUACAGCAAUGCUUUUACAAGCUGUCGAUUCCAUCCAAUUACUUAACGAUUCUCCAAGUACAGAUCAACUUAAUCAAAUAACAUCUAUAGCUGAUUUACAACAACUUCUUAAAAAAGAAUCUACAUCAGAACAUCUUACCACUGACGAUAAUAGUAAUAUUACUUUAACUUCAAACGGAGGCGGUAGUAUUAGUUGCGUGGACGAUUAUAACACAGUCUCGAAUUCAAAAGAAAUUCAAGAUGUUUUAAAUUCACCAUUACCUGAUAAUAUAGCUGAAUUCAGUACAUUUCAUUCCAAGGACUUUGUUCUUUACAAUUGUUCCAAUAAUAGUAAUUCAACAUCUAUAACACAAAAUAAUAAUAGCAACAGUAGUAAUAAUACGCAUUGUUCCACCAUUGGAUCACCAAAUGCAUCCUCAUCUUCACCAUUGUCAUCCCAACAUCAACAUCAGCAAUCGCAGCCACCUUCCAUUUCACCACUACCGUCACCAUUGGCAUAUCCGACCCCACCGGCUAGUCAUGAAGCCAUCACUCAAUCAUCGCCGUUCCUAGACGAUUCCCACCAUUUUCCAGAUGCAAGUGCAUUCUUUGAUGAUAAAUCAUCAGUCAAUUUUAUAACAGAUAGUACCAGUCAAUUCUUUAAAGAUAACUCCGAUGCAGAUUUAACUGAAUCUGAAAAAAUAUUAAGUAUAAAAAAUGAGUUAUUCAAUGAAAGUAAAAGUGUCCUUGAAGUAGAAAACGGCGAUGUUGGUGCUAAUAGGGUUGCAGAUGCUGGCGAUUUCGAAACUGACGUGUUCGAUUCCCACGUUAAAGUUGAAGACUUAUUAAAUGAAGCUACUGGAGAUGAGCAAUGUGAUUUAAAAGAUUUUAGUGAUCAAAAUUUAUCAUUUUUAGACGAACCAGAGAGUUUCUUAGACGAUUCAAGGAAUCCCAGUUCACCGUUAUCUGAAUCAUUUUUUACGAGUGGCAUUGGCUCCGCUGAAGAAGUUAAAGAAGUUUUGAAAGACGUUCUACCCAAUGAAAGUUUAGAAGAGACAAAUGUUUCAGAAAGUCAGUGUGAAAAUGAUAUUGAUUUGUAUUAUCUACCUGGUUUAACAUUGCAAUCACAAAUGAUGCCAAAUUCAGAUGAUCCACUAUUAUCCUCUUCCCCAAAAGAUUUUGGCCACCAUAAAAUAUUUCUGCAACAAAUUAAUCCGCAGCAGCAAAUAAUAUCACCACAAUCAAAUCAACAACAACACCUAAUAGUACAACCGAUUCAAACACAGCAAUCGCAAUCAACAAAUUCUCUACAGCAGCAAUUACAAAAAUUUGAUCCGAUUCAACUAUUUACGUGCGCAACAACAACAGCAAACGCAAAAAAUACAAAAUUGAACGAGUCGCUUUGCGCAUUUCCUUUGAAUUCCACAGCUACAAAUGUGGUAACUAUGAUUGGCAAUAAUAAUUGUCAACAACUUCAUUCGCAGCAACAACAAUUACAACAUCAUAUUUCGAAUUAUACAGCACUCACUGCAAUCAACAAUUUACAAAAUAGUCAAUCACUUUCAACUGUUCAGCAACAACAACAAAAAGACAACAAUUGUAUAAUAUUAGCAAAUACGAGUAGUUUAGAAACAUUUUUGAAUACGCCAUCAUCGGCGGCAAAUACAAGCCAAUCAACAUUGCCAACUAUUAUCAACAUAACAUCGGCCACUGGUCAAAAUUUUAAUAAUUUCCAAACGCAAAAUCAACAACAACAGCAAAAAAUCUUCAAUACACCAACGUCGACAACAACUCUCACAAUAUUACCUUCAACAUCACAAAGCAAUCAGAAAUUGAAUCAAACGCAGCCACAAAGUCAACAAAUAUCAACACAAACUAUAGCACAAACUUCUCAAAUAACUAGUUCCAUACUAAAGAGACGUCUACGUCAAGGAAGUAGCAGCGGCGGAAAUAGUAAUAUUCCCAAAAAGCAAGAAGUAUAUAGAUCCAAAUUAAGAAAACCAUCAACAACCCAUUAUACUCCAGCACCAAUAUUAAAUCCUGACCGUAAAGGUACUGGAUUGUACUCAAAUUUACCAAAAUCAAUAAUGCAGGAUACAAUCAGUCUGGGUGAUGAAUUCGAAGACACUGCUAGUAGUUUGGUUGCAUUUUUGGAUGAUUCUAAAGUAAAUAUCGGCACAGCCUAUCAAGCCCAAAUUCCGCCUUACGAGCCAAAUAAAAAUGAAAAUGAAAUAAAUAACAACAAUGAAUGCGGUAUAACUUUGACAUCUCAGGCAACAAAUUUCCUUCAUCAACAACAACAAAAUAAUAAUAUUAAUUACAAUCAACAAACAAAAACAUCAGAAACAUCUAUUGUUAAAACAUCAUUAUUGUCGUCUCUUUCAAAAGUAACUGCUGAAGAUUAUGAUGAAAUAAUGUGGGACCCGAAUAUUAAUGAAAAUAGGAAUAGUGAUUGUGAUGAAAAAACCUUAAAUCGUUUUAUUGAAUUAACUAAGUCGUCAGGUGCACCAUUAGGUUUUCAUACAGAAGAAGUAGCGCUGAAAGCAUUAUUAGAUGCGAAUGGUUUUACUCAUAUUGCUGUUUUAACAUUAUUACAAUCACCAUCAAAUGCUGUUCCUGAGAAAUGGUCAGCUAAUGAAAUUGAAGCAUUCCUAAAAGGCCUUGAAAAAUACGGAAAAGAUUUUUAUAGAAUUUCAAAUGAUCUUAAAACUAAAACUACAAAAGAAUGUAUUCAGUUAUAUUAUUUUUGGAAAAAAUUAUGUGUAGAUUAUAAAAUAACUCAUUUAAAACAAGAAACCUGUGAUACGUCAGAUGAAACGGCAUCACAAAUAAAUUCAUCACACUCAAAUACCGAACACCGUCCUUAUGUCUGUGAAAUGCCUGAUUGCUCAGCUAGUUUUACUUCAAAAGCAGCCUUGCAUAGUCAUACAAGAUUGCAUUGUAUUGGUCGAAAUCAUCAUUUUAUUAAUAAUAACAAUAAUAAUAAUAAUAAUAAUAGUAGUACCAACAAUAUUCUCAACAAUAGCAAUUCUAUUAAUAGCACUAACACUCAUAACAAUAGUAAUAAUAAUAUUAAUAGUAUUAGUAAUAAUACACAUAGUAAUAAUAAUAGUAAUAAUAAUAAUAGUAAUAACAAUGAUAUUAAUAAUAAUGAUAAUAAUAUUAAUAAUAAUAAUAACAAUAAUAAUAGUAAUAAUAACAAUAAUAUUAAUAAUAACAAUAAGAGUAUAAGUAAUCAAAGUAACAAUCACCACCAAAUAGGAACAAAAAAUAUAAUUAUUUCAAGUAACGGAAAUCAUCAUAAUAAUAACAAUAAUAAUAGCUUCAAUAAUAAUGAUAACAACAACAAUGUCAAUGUAUUUCAAUUUGGACAAACAAAUAAUAAUCAUAAUGUGACUUCACAUCAGAGUUCAACAACUACAAUAGCAACAAGUUCAAUUAAGGAUGAUUUUCCGUGCAAGGUGUGCGGCAAAGUAUUUAAUAAAGUUAAAAGUCGAAGUGCUCACAUGAAAUCACAUCGACCACAAGAUAAUGAUCAACUGCAUAACAAUAACAAUAAUAUUAAUAACAAUAAUAAUAAUACUUAUAUAAACAACAAUAAUAACAAUAAUAAUAAUAAUAAUAAUAACAGUAAUAGUAAUAAUAAUAAUAAUAUUAUAAACAAUAAUAAUAUUAGUAUAAAAUUAAGCACUAACACUAUUGCAAAUUUAAGUAAUAUUAAUCAUCAAAAUAAUACUAUCAGCAGCAAUAAUUAUAUUAAAAAAAUAAAUGAUAAUAAGCUUCAUCAUCAUCAUCAUCAUAAUAAUAAUCACAAUCAUCAUCAAUCUCAAUAUCAUCAUAAUCAUCAUUUUCAUAAUAAUAGUAAUAAUAAUAAUAAUAAUAGUAGCACCAACAUGGUUGUAACAAGCAGUACUUAAAAUAAAAGUCUUUUUUUAUUUAAAAUAUUUUAUUUUUAAUAUUUUAUUCAUAUAUAUUUUAAAAUAUAUGAAAAUAAAAAAUAUAUAAUAUUAUAUUAUUAAUUGAAAGUGGUUUAUUUGUGGCUUACAAUCAAAAAUGCUAAAUAUUAUAUAAAAAAAAAAGAAGAACAGAAGAAACAAAAAAAAACAAAGAAAACGCCUAAAUUUAUGUAAAACAAAAAACAAAAAAUAAAUAAAAUAGUAAUUUCUUAUUAAGUAAAAAUAUUGAGACAAAAAAAUAAAAUUUAUAGAUUAAUUUUAAAUGUUCUUUAAAACUGAAUUAGAAAUUUUAAAUAUUCAAAUUUAUAUUUAAUUUAAUAAGUUAUAAAAUUUUAAAAAUGUAGAAAAUUAAAAUUAAAUUAUUUCAAAAUGACAAAUACAUUAAAAU